UAUUUUUUAUUUAGUGUUUUCGUCGUAGUUGCUGUGAGAUUGCCGCACGUGGAAUUAAAUUUUGGAAAACAACGCAAUUGCCGAGAAAGGAAAUAUUCACAUCAUGGAAGUGGAGAACAUCAAGGCGGAUGCCUUCGAGCCGUUGAAGAGGGCUACCAAGCGCAGUGCCGCCGGGAGCAGCCAGCAGGACACUGAGAUGCAGGUGGACGAGGCGACUGGCAUCGAGGGCCAGGUACUGGGAUCCGGACGGGCAUCCGCCCCACCCAAGGCGAAGCGGGCUAGGAGCGAGCUGCGCAAGGUGUCUGUGCCGCCUCACCGUUACUCCUCGCUGAAGGAGCACUGGAUGAAGAUCUUCACGCCCGUCGUUGAGCACAUGAAGUUACAGAUACGCUUUAACAUGAAGGCGCGCCAGGUCGAGCUUCGCGUCGGCCCGGAGACGCCGGACAUUGCCAACCUGCAGCGGGGAGCGGACUUUGUGCGUGCCUUCCUUUGCGGCUUUGAGGUGGAUGACGCCCUGGCUCUCCUGCGCUUGGAGGACCUCUUCGUGGAGUCCUUCGAGAUUAAGGAUGUUAAGACGUUGCGCGGUGACCAUCAGUCGCGUGCCAUCGGUCGCCUGGCCGGCAAGGGCGGACGCACCAAGUUUACCAUCGAAAACGUGACCAAGACCCGCAUUGUGCUCGCCGACAGCAAAAUCCACAUCCUGGGCAGUUACCAGAACAUCCAGUUAGCGCGCCGUGCUGUCUGUAACCUGAUCCUUGGAUCUCCACCCAGUAAGGUGUACGGCAACCUGCGCUCUGUGGCCUCGCGUCUCUCGGAGCGCAUGUGAUCGGGAAGAAGAUCGGCUUUCGGGUCUGUGAUCUCGCCCCACCGCAGAAGGAAAACUUAGUUUGUUUUUUUAGCAUUAGCAAUAAAUAAUAAAUAUAACAUGUA